CCGCAGCUCCCGCACUUCCGCUCCCAGCAGCGCUUCCGGCCCUGCCCCCAUAGCAACCGUUGCGAGGAGGAAGUCCAGGUCUCACGCUGGUGACUCCUCCUGCGCGUCCCUGGCCAUGGCAGAAGUAGAGGAAACACUAAAGAGGAUUCAGGCACACAAAGGGGUUAUUGGAACUAUUGUUGUAAAUGCAGAAGGAAUUCCAAUCAGAACAACCCUCGAUAACUCUACAACAGUACAAUAUGCAGGUCUUCUUCAUCAGCUCACAAUGAAAGCGAGGAGCACAGUGAGAGAUAUAGAUCCUCAGAAUGAUCUAACCUUUCUUCGGAUCAGAUCAAAGAAACAUGAAAUCAUGGUAGCCCCAGAUAAGGAGUAUCUUCUAAUUGUUAUUCAGAACCCAUGUGAAUAGACUUGCCGCAACAAUAUUUUUAGAGACACCAAUGCAGCUGUACUUUUUAAAGUAAUAAUCCUUUAUUGAUAUUUAUUUUCAAACAUACCACUAAGUUCUUACAUAAUGUAUGUAACUUGUCAUUGCUGAAACUUUUCCAAGCUAAUAUUCUCAGUUGUUGCUGUACUUUAACUUAUGCUUGAGCAAAACAAACAUUGUAUGUGUAGAUAAAUACUCAGAAGAGCAACAAUAGAACAAAAUAUUUAAAAAACUUUUGUUAAUGGAUUUUCUGGCUAAUUCUUGUAACUAAAAAAUUCUCUUUACAUCACAAGUUUAGAUGUUUUUUUUUUUAAGCAGCAAUCACAUUUCAUGGAAAUUAGUAACUUGUGUAUGUACUUGUAACUGUACCCAUAUAAACUCAAGAAUACAGGGUUAAAUAGGUUACUAAUCUCAGUUCCAUUGAGGUAAAAAGGACUGUGUUCUGUCUCUGUAAUUUCUGCAUUUUGAUCAUUCUAAAGAAAUAAUUUUACUUCCACCUUAUGCUAUCUUAAGUGCCCUUCAAUUUCUAAUGAACAAAUGAAUCACAACAGCUUCAGUUAAAUAUUUUAAAGCUAAUGCUGAAGAAAGGUCUAGAUGAAGAGAAUGGCCCUUCCACCUUGAAUUAAUGCAAAACUGUUAUUAAUUUGUGUUUACUGGCAAUUCAAAAUAGUGCCUCUAAGUAAACUCAUCAGAACUCUUGAUAAAACACUCAAAUGUGUCCACCUUCAGAUCCAGCAUGUACUGAAUACAGCGAGCCAUUUCUUCCAGCAUAUUUUGCAACACUGCCACAGAUCUUGCAGUUCUCUCCAAAAUUGGAAACCUGUUCAGACCAUUGUUUUAAAUCAGACACUUAAAGUGUAUGUAGAUUUUCACGUUACUAAUGAUUCUUUAAUUUUAAAGUUGAAACUUUUCCAGCAUCACUAGGUCAAGAACAGUUUUUUUUAAUGCUGAUAUUUCAUCAUAGGGCAGGGGGUGGGAACAGUCUGGAAAUUGGGAGAAGAAAAAAUAAGUGGUAGGAAGUCUGGCUAAAGAGACCCAGGGAGAAAAUGAAUCCAGUUGCUUGGGAAUAAUAGAAGCCAAAGGGGUGGUUAUUGAUGGUACAGCCACAGUAUCAUACCUGCUUGCUGGGUGACAGUUGAAAAUAUGAAUGGCUGUCAUGAAAAGGACCAUUACAUGGAAAUAAAUAUAGCAAAUCAAUAUCUUUACAUAUUGAAGUAAAAUAAAGCAGAGCAUAUGUUUGAACAUUAGUAAUGUAUUCUGUGCUGUACAAGAAAACACUCCCUACUUCCUAUAGUCUUUCAUCUAAAUUAUUAACUCUAAAUUAUUUAAAAUGACAACAGUUCAUUAGUGAAUGUUGGCAAAUAUAGCCAUACUGUACCAAAACUAAGUUUUCCAUUUAUCAACUUCCCUAGUUCUGCGGUACUAAUGCUUCUUAACAGCAAACCAGUCAUUGUCAAAUGUCUAACUUUUAUUCUAUAAAAAAAAAAAUACUUUGGCAUUUUGUGGGAUAUCCUGUGUAACAAGUCAAAGUCAGUGUGUCUGGCUUUCCUUUCACUCUAGUUAGCAUCUGGACUAAUUCUACUAAAAUUGACAGUCACAGCAGUGUUGAAGGGAGGAGAUUUAGCCCCAUUCUUCUUAUUUGUCUAUUUUAGAUUAAUUUUCUUUUUUGUUCACAAAUAACUAAAUUAAUAUCCAAUAUAUUGUUUUUGCAUUAUAUUACUCCAGCAAAAUGCUGAAGUUAGUCCUUACUGUGUAAUAUUUUCUAACUUGUCAAAAAUAUCAUACAUGGCAUCACCUCUUAACAACUUCCAGCGCCAUGAAAAAUGUCCUUCAGUCAGACACGGCAGUACUCUCGUGCAUAGAGAAAAGCUUUGUACAUGGCAAUAUUUGUUCUUCACUUUUUUUAAUCUUUCUUUUGUGUGGGUAAAUUUCUUUUCCAGACUUUAAUCUGAUAUUAUUGAAGCAACUGAUGAUCACUUUGGUUUGGGUCCCAAUUUAUCAAAGCACUUGAAGGGGUUAAGUUCAUCCCUAUUCAAUAGUGUAUUUAAGUUCAAAGUUACAUUUAAGCAUGGAUUUAAGGCCAGUUGAAAUUAGACUUAAGCCCAUGUUCAAAAGUAAGCACAGACUUAAUUGCCAAAAAGGGGCUUCAAUGUACAGAAAUGGCCUAUAAGUCAGUAUAUGCAAUCUUCAAAUGUCCAAAUAAUGCCCACAAAUUCAUUCCCAUCACAACUCAUGUUAGAAGCCCUGGGAGUCAUGGCUGCAGAUCUGAGGGCAAAGUCUUGUCUCCUGUUGGCUGUGUAACCAGUGACAAUUGCAGUGAAACUGCAGGCUGAGUUCUGUUCCUUAGUGUACUGUAGAGUCUUUACCAAGGCUCCUUACAAGCUGUGCAAGUAUAUGCAGUAUUAGCAACAACCUCAUUACAGAAGAUAAAUAUAUAAUGAAAUAUCCUGCCAUUUGUAUUUCUAUUAGAAAAGCUACUGGAUAGCUGUGGUUUUUCAACAGACAAAGGUAAAAAUUGUGUGAGUAUCCAUAAUCUCAAUGGAAUCUGCUGUCAGUAGAUUCAUCUGAACAAAGGUGGGCAGUAAUAGAAAGAAAAGCAGAAUCAAAGAAUGAGAAAGUAAUUUUAAAAUUACAGUAUGAAACUACACCUCUACCCCGAUAUAAUGCGGUCGUGGGGAGCCAAAAAUCCCUACCGUGUUAUAGAUGAAAUGCCAUUAUAUGGGGAUAGCGAUGGCAGGGCUCCA